AUUGAGAAGGUCUCCUUCCGCUUAGCGGGCUUCGUGGUCGGUCCCAGACCAUAACACCACACCUCUCCCAGCACAUCUUCCUUCCUUUCCUCUCCCACAAAACAACAACAAUCCAUAAAUCUUUCAAAUUUGAUCCAUCAGUUCUAUAGAUUAACGCGACGAAAACCUCUCCAUAAAUCAUCAAAUCCUUUCCAUUCAAACAAAGAAGCAAUGGCUCGUGUAACUAGAACCACUAGUGGCAGUAUCCCAGUUAAGGCUGUCCAAGCACCUGUCGAAGCUCCUAAGCCAAAGAAGACCACAUCGAAGAAGGCCGCAACAAAGGCAAACACUGGAAAGAAGGUUGCUCCAACCAACGGCUCCAAGCCAGCCGGUGGUAUUAAGAAACCCACUGUCUCUAAGAAAUCCGCUGCCCCAAAGAAGAAGCCCACAGUUAUGGCCCAGCUUGAAGCUGCUGCAGAGGAAAUCGUAGAGGCUGCCGAGAAGGCUGCAGAGACCGUUGAGGAAAAAGUCGAGGAGGCUACUGCUGAGAAGCCAGCACCCAAGACGAAGGCUCCCGCACCAAAGAAGCCUGUCACCAAAAAGGUUUCUAAGAAACCCGCCGUCAAGGCCUAAGCAAAAACACCUCUAUCAACAUCAAUCGCUCUCCAGGAUCACAUAUGGAGGUGUCUCUUUCAAGAGCCUUUAAAAUAUAACAACCCUUUGGAUUGAACAUACAAUCACUCCUUCUUGUUGAUACCCAACAUUUAUGUUCUGAGCGAGCGUUACUUUGGAGUGUAUAUGAAUGUGCCCUGGCGUUUCUCAGGCGUUUUCUAGUUUUUAGGUCGAAGGUGGUAAUGAUAUGUUCAAUGUUAUGACUUGUGGAUCUUUUGGGGGACUGUAUCUAGAUAGUAUCUAUGGAUGCGUAUUUGGGAAUAGGGGAAUGCUUUUUCUUCAACUUUGCUUUUGGAAGAAGAAUUGCGAUGAGGGAGAUUUUGGAAAGACGGCAUAGCUUGUUAAAUGAACAAAUGAUGGAUCUAAAGGAAUUGUAAAUGAUUUAUACCGAACGAUUUGAAUGCUGGCAGUUGUUUUUGCUUUUAAUUAUUGUGAUACCGUACUUCAAGUUGAAGACCUGCGUCAACUACUUCAUUAAUAGGAGUAUACAUUUAGC